AUGAAGGAAUAUCUCAUAAACUGCACAGUACAAAGAGAAUUUAACCUCCUGGCGUUCUCUAUCUCUGUAGACCUUCAGCUUGUGCUAUUCAUUGGGAUACUGGUAAUGUAUUUACUGACAUUGCUGGGGAACCUGCUUAUCACUGGUCUUAUAUAUCUGACUCCACAGCUCCACACUCCUAUGUACUAUUUCCUGUGUAACCUCUCAGUGCUGGACAUUAUCUAUGUCUCCAGUGUCCUUCCCAAAUUCCUCUCUAUCCUGGUAACAGGUGACACCAGAAUUGUCUUCCCAGCAUGCAUCACACAGAUGUUCCUCUUUACAUUUUGUAUUGUAGCAGAGUUUUUACUCCUAACAUCUAUGGCCUAUGACCGCUAUGUCGCCAUCUGUGUUCCUCUGCGCUAUACAAUCAUUAUGAACAAAAACUUGUGUAUUACAUUAUUUUCUGUCUCCUGGAUUGUUAGCUUCUUUAAUUCAUUACUUUAUGCUAUGCUGGUUUCUACUUUAUCAUUCUGCAAUUCCCAAGACAUUAGUCAUUUUUUCUGCGACACGAAAACCGUGACAGUACUCUCUAGUGCUGACAUCACAGGCAUUGAGAUGCUGCUAUUUAUGGAAUGCAUAUUUUUGGGAUUUACGCCAUUUGUGCUGAUAUUAAUUUCGUAUACAUGUAUAAUUGCUACUAUAAUAAAAAUCAGUAGCUCAGCGGGCAGAGUAAAGGCUUUCUCCAGCUGCUCGUCCCAUCUCACCGUUGUAAUAUUACUCUGUGGGACUUCGGUUGUGUCCUAUAUGGUCCCAGAGUCGCAGGUGUCUCGGGAACGUGACAAAUUUCUCUCCUUGCUGUACACAGUGGUGGCCCCUAUGCUAAACCCUCUAGUUUAUACCCUGAGAAACAAUCAGGUUUUAAAAUCCAUGGAGAAUAUUUGUAAAAAACAUUAUUAA